AUGUCCUCCAAUGAUCGUCGCUCUGCCAGCCACAAAGUAGGCGGCGGUACACGACCCCGCGUCGUCUCUUCCAGUCGCGACCCGGAGAAGCUAUCUCGACCAGGCAUUGAAGACAACAAAUCGCCUCGACCUGCUGGUAACAUGGAGCAUUUGCGAGGGAGUACGUCGAGCGGAAGGGGGCUACACAGGGAAGCCAGCAACACAACUGAACGCCGGACGGAACGAAACACCGUGACAACUCGCGAUCGCGUUCAUGUGAAGACGCGAAACACCGUCAAAGAAUCGCCCAAUGCCGGAAAUCGUGGUGAUUUUGAUAAAUCUCGGACUAGGAGGGCAGAUACAGGCACUCCUCCGGCCAAAAGGAAAGAGGAAAGUGUAGGGGAAUUACCAUGGAAUCCUCAAGCGACAUUAAUACCACACUCUGCAGCUCCGCUUGCAAGCCGUGUAUCGGUGCCUCCUUUGGCCUCAAUAGCGCCACAAUCCCUCGAACCCACCCCGUUGAAAGAAAUGGCCAUGGACGCGCAAGAAGACGCCAUAUUGCAGGAUAUACUGUUUGUAUUCAUGGGAUACGAAGGACAAUAUAUACGCUAUAGCAAUACGUACGACCCGUCAACAGAAAAAGAUCAAUUGCUUGGCCCGUCUUUUCAGAUUGCGCCUGGCCUGGACCCAAGUCUUAGAGAUCUUACAUUGUCGAUGCUUAAAAUGGCAACCCAUUACAGCGCCCUAGAAGCAUUUGUCAACGUCCAGAGUCGACCAGAAUACGGUGCUGUAAGCCAUGCUCUAUGCGCGGCUAUCAGGAAACUUUUGAAAGACUACUUGAUCCUUAUCGCACAACUCGAAAACCAGCUGAUCAACAACCCGAAUUUCACACUACAUGUGCUUCACCUCCAAACCAUGCCCACGAGCCAAAGCCUGGCACAGCUUUACUCACUUGGCCAGGAACUGUUGAGGCAAAAUAAGCUGCUCGAUCAGGACGCAGACGAAUCAAUAUACGAUGACUUUGACGACGUCGAAAAUAUUUUAGAACAACUCAAAGAAGGUGGAGAUUUGGUUCCCGGGGGUAUGACUAGCAAGAAAAUAUGCAAAGGAGGUAAUGUUCUUGGACUUUUGACAGAACGGCUGGCUACAUUCUCUGGCGACCCGGCUGCAAAGGCUCUUCUUCAGACAUUACUCCGAGAAGCAAGCAGGCCGUAUAUGGCGAUGUUGAAUGAAUGGCUGCACCAUGGCGGAAUCAAAGAUCCUCAUGGCGAGUUCUUGAUCAAAGAACAAAAGGGAUUUAAGCGGGAAAAGCUCGAAGAGGAUUAUACAGACGAAUAUUGGGAGAAACGAUAUACCAUCAGAGAGAAUGAAGUUCCCCCGCAGUUGGAGAGUGUCCGGGAUAAGGUGUUGCUGGCCGGUAAAUACCUGAAUGUCGUCCGAGAGUGUGGCGGUGUUGAUGUCAGCAAGGCCGUGAAAGAUGUUCCAAAGACACUUGACGAUCCCCGGUUCCUCGAUAAUGUCAACAGCGCCUAUGCUUAUGCAAACGCAUCUCUCCUUAAUUUGCUUCUGACCGAAAACUCCUUGACUACACGAUUCCGAUCACUGAAGCACUAUUUCUUCCUUGAUAGGUCCGAUUUCUUCUCCUACUUUCUCGAGCUGAGUUCAUCGGAACUUCGCAAACCCGCCAAAAACGUGAAUGAAAGCAAGCUUCAAUCGCUACUUGAUCUUGUUCUUCGACAACCGGCAAGCAUUGCCGCGCAAGACCCAUACAAAGAAGAUGUCAAAGUCAAAAUGAACAAGAUCGGACUCACAAAGUGGCUGAUGCAAGUCGUCAGUGUAUCUGGCAUCGAUCAAGACAACCCAGAUGGUGGAAUAGAAAAAUACCAGACCCCAACGAUUCAGCCCGCAGAGGAAGAAAAGGACAUUGUGGGCUUUGACGCUCUGGAGCUGGAUUACAUGGUCCCAUUCCCGCUGUCUUUGGUGAUCAGCCGAAAGACCGUUCUACGGUAUCAGCUCAUCUUUCGUUAUCUUUUGUCACUGAGACAUCUGGAAGGUCUCUUAGUUACGUCAUGGCACGAUCAGCAAAAAGUGCUGGGAUGGCGCCACAAGUCAUCCGAUCGACGACUAGAAUUAUGGAAGAGGAGGGCAUGGACGCUUCGAGCCAAAAUGCUGGUAUUCGUUCAACAGCUCUUGUACUUUUGCACGGCAGAAGUAAUCGAACCAAACUGGCAGAGCUUGAUGGAGCGAGUGAACGGAACCGCUGCUGGCAGUGACACCGUAUCUGCUGAUGGACCAAGACAGGUCAAUCGAACCGUGGACGAAUUGAUGCAGGACCACGUUGAUUUCCUAGACACCUGCUUGAAAGAGUGUAUGCUCACACAAGCCAAACUGUUGAAAAUCCACUCCAAACUCAUGACCUGUUGCACAAUGUUUGCCUCUUGGACGGCCUCAUCACUCGCUCGAAGCAUCGCCUCUGCAGACCCUGAUAUGUCCGCCGGUGCCCCUGGAGCCCCUCCGGACGCUCGGCCAUUUGACCCAUCACGACUGGCUAAGCUGGAAGACACGCUGAAACGAUACGAAGAUCACUUUAACCGACACUUGCGAAUCUUAAUGGACAGUUUGAACUACUUUGCGGCAACUGAAAGUGUUGUUUUGCUAAAACUGGCGCAUUCGCUUAGCUCAAUUAGCAAGGAUGAGUAA